AUGCCUAAGUACGUCCGCCGGCAGCCGCUGUCUGAGCGGAUCAAAGCCUACCUCAAUCCCUACGAUUUUCUCCUCUGGCUCUCUGAAGAGAUUGAGUCAAAUGGCUGGGAUCAGCUGGAGAAAGAGUGGGCUACACCUAUUGGCAUUGCCCUGAAUCUUGUUUUUCUUGUUGCACGGGCAAACUCGAAAGCUUCCACCAAAGGAUAUGACGAUGUCUUCGGGGAUGUGCCGAAGAUAGCCUGGACCGCAUGGCUGGCUACCUUUGUGGUCCACCUUUUGACCCUGUUAUGCAUGUUGAAUGCAGUCUACACCUUUUGGCGCAAGAAGCAUUACCGUUUGUUCGAGAACUCCGUGGAUAAUGUCCCGAGCACCCCCUCCGCCAAACGCGUCCGAGUUGAUUCUUCUCCCGUCUCUUCGUCGCCACUCCGAUUCCUUUCGAACAUACUGGGCACAGAUACCGCACAGUCAAGAGCACACCCGGAUCCAUCCCGUGAUGUCUGGGAAGUGGCCGUUUGGGAUCCGUUACCGGUUUCCUUGCGAUUGUUCUGCUAUUUCAGUCCUGGCCACGUCCUCAUAUACUGGCUUUUCUUGCCUACUACAAGUUCAGAUCCUCGACCCAGCGUCACAGUCGCAACCGCCAUGUUUCUGGCUUUUCUACUUUCAUUACAGCUGUCCUUCCUACAAUCCAGCUAUUCAACGCAGAUCAAGGACACCGCAUUCAUCUCGAAAGAAGUUCUACAUGAGUACGACACUAAAUACGUCAGACCCAGGACCCAACCCCUCUACAGAGACGUGGGCACGCAAUUCAGCGAACAGGCUUCUUACAGUGCCGCUCGUGAUGAACAAUACAACAAGGUCGAAGUGUUUACCCCAAUGGUGAUGAUCAACCGGGGCUUUAAGACACAUCCGAAUCCAAACUACUCCCAGUAUACAGACCCAGAUGGCGUUGUUGCUUCGAAAGAGUUGCGCCAGCGCAUGACAACGCCAAACUUCAGAUCGCCAGCUCCCACGGGCCAGUCUACUGUGAGGCCUUUGAAUGCUAUCAGGCAACCGAAUUUCCGUCCAAUGACCUCUGGAAGUGACGGAGGUAGUCUAGGUGUUUAUUCCCACGCAGCGUCGCCUCUUAGGAAGAGUGCGUCAACCACUUUCUCGCGGGACAGAGUGGCCGGAAGUCCAGAAAAGCGGUCGACGAGCCCGGACAAACGUAUGAGUGUACCUGCUGCAGGAGUCAAUACCGUUGCGGCAUCUCAGCGAUGGGGCCACCUGACGCCCGAUAGACAUAGACGAGAGAGCGGGCGUUUCUAG